AUGGAUGAGCGCGCUGUUGUCACGACGGCCAAUGCCUCGUGGAUGCCGGAAUUUCCGGUGGCGUCACCGGGGCGGAUCUGUACGCGGGCGGACGGUCGAUGGGGGCCCCAAGAGUAUUCGUUGUGGCCCCAGAUGUAUCACAAGAAUGUAUUACACCACGCAUGUAUUCCUGCCAUGGGCGAAUACGUGGAGGGCUUCGAGCUCAACGUGAAGUCGAUGUUCGACCCCGUGGACCCAAGCCGCUGGGCUGUCGACCUGACCUGUGGGGUGCCCGACCUCGGACUUCUCGACUCUACGUACCUGAAUGAACUCAAGAGGACGGCGCAACGAGCGAUCCUCAGAUAUCAAAGCUGCGGCGCCGAGAAGGAGGAGAAAGAGAAGCAGUUCGGUAACCACCUAUGUCAAACCAUCUACCAGGCCCUCGACCAGCUGGCUAUUCUGCCGACGUGGAGAGCGCACGCCGUCGCCCUUGCGACGCAUAUCCAGAGGCUUGCCUUGGAGCUCUGCGGCCUCAUCGUCCUCUUCGACGUCGUUCAACCCCGUGUCAACAACCUCUCUUUCGUGGCGAGGAAGGCUCUCGGCGUGCGCGGCGCAUUCACGGACAAUGCGGGGACAGCGCAAGGGCUCUUCCGUCUGGGAAUUCCAGUAUGGUACAUCCAGCCUCUGACGAUGAAACUCCGCGUCGUCGAGGUCGUUGACCCCACCCCGGUCUCCUCGGUGAUGAGCGAGAACUUGUCGCAGCCGCGCUUGUAUAGUGGUAGUGGAGAUCUGGCGGGCAUCGUGCAACACCCCGGUGAUUGGCCAUUCAAGAUGCAGCACGAAACCCUGAAGACCCUUCUGGACGCGAAACUCCCGGUGUUGCCGCGCGAGAUACCCGAUACGGAUGGACCGCCCCCAGCCAAGAAGGCGAAGGCGGGCGACGACACAGAUCCGAAUCUCGAUCGCGCCAACGCGUCCCAAUCCGGUAAUCCGUCGCGCCGGACCCACCGUGGCAAGCGAAAAGCGGCGCCGGCUCAGCCCGUGGCAGCACACCCGUCGUUGUGCUACCAAAAGCCGUCCGGCUGCGUAGUGCCGGACGUCUGGGCAGACGUUCUGACGGCGGUUGGCACUCUGCCGCCCCCGUCAUCCGCCGCCACGUAUUUUUGGCCUCCUCCCUUCUGGUUCGAGAGCCAGGGAGAGAAGGUGAAACGAUACUAUCAUAACUACGUCAGGAUCCGGGCGUUCUGUCGGCAGCGGUUGCUCGAUCCCACCAUCGGUGCUGAGCCACUGCGGAUUGCAGAAUGGCGCGACACCCUAUGGGGCGAUUACUACGUGCAAGGGAGCGAGACGGCGUCGAACGACAUGGGGAAGAAAAAGAAUAAGGACCGUCGGGACGUUCAGCAAAACGUUCGCCGCCUGUUCUCGAAGACGGCGGCGUUGCCGACGUACGACAGUGCGCAAACAGUGCAGUGGGGCGCCAUUCGGCUGGAUGUGAACUCGACGAAUGAGGCCGCCGUGCGAGCACAGAUCUUGUGGGAAGUCCACGAGAUCAACUGGCGGUGCGAGAUGCUGCAGCUGGACGCAGCUCUAACGAACUCGAGUCAAUGGGGGACACUACAACGUUGGGAGCGCGAGUCGCGAGUGAGCCGUAUCUGGAGUCCCUUGGGAUCGGGAUUGCGUGUGAUCCCUCGUUGGGAGCAAGGUGAACGCUCAAGUGCGGUCUGGUUGCGUCCUCCGCAAAGCGGAUGGCAUGACGCUAUCACCACACUUGUAGAGUUCGUCGAGGUCAUGGCACGUUGGCCGCAGCUGCCGGCAGAGUUGAAGGUCUUGCCCAUGAGCCUCUUCGAUCACGACGAAGAGGUUUUGCUUAGAUUACAGCGCGCCGCCGUCACGUUUUACGUUCGCUCUUUCGUAGACACUUUCCAUCGUUUGCCCACGCCGCCCGCGCAGAUACCGAAUGAAUGGCUGUAA